AUGCCCAGCCAAGCGGACGUUGCCGGUCUCAAGUUCCUUAAGAAGGGAGCCGUCUUCGGCUCGGGUGCCUUCGGCACCGCGCUGGCGACGGUGCUGGCUAAGAAGUGCGAGCAGGUGAAGGUGUGGCACAUGAACGCCGGCGAGGCGAAUCUCAUCAACGAGAAGCGGGAGAAUGUGAUGUUCCUGAAGGGCGUGCCCCUGGCGAAGAGCAUCUCCUACACUGCCGAUGUCGAGGACACGUACCGGGAGGCUGAGAUCAUUUUCUUUGUCAUCCCGACGCCGUUUAUGCGUGGAUUCCUGAAGGUGCACGCCAAGGGGCUGCUUGACCACGUGAGGGCGAACCGUGUGCCGGUGGUAGUGUGCUCCAAGGGCAUCGAGCAAUCCACGCUGAAGUUCCCGGCGCAGAUCCUCAUGGAGUACCUGCCGGGCGUCCGUGUCAGCGUCCUGGCGGGCCCAAGCUUUGCGAUUGAGGUGGCGAAGGACAUGCUGACGAACGUGACGGUGGCGUCCGACGACCUCGAGGAGGCGCGCCGCAUCCAGCGCAUGUUGUCGACGCCGGACGGGAUGUUCCGCUGCUGGGCCGGGCUGGACACAAUCGGCUGCGAGGUGGCGAGCGCCGUCAAGAACGUGCUUGCCAUCGCCUCUGGCGCGGCGAACGGGCUCGGGAUGGGCACCAACGCCCGUGCUGCGCUCAUCUCGCGUGGACUGAUCGAGAUUCGUGACCUGACGCAGGCGCUUGGCGGCAACGGACAGGCGGUCUUUGGUCUGGCCGGGCUUGGCGACCUGACGCUGACCUGCUCUUCUGAGCUGUCGCGUAACUUCACGGUGGGCAACAAGCUCGGCAAGGGCAUGACGAUGGCGGAGAUCAUGCGCGAUGCGAAGGCUUUUGCGGAGGGCGUGGUGACGUCGGAGCCGCUGUUCCGGCUCGCGGAGAAGUUGAAGGUCUCGAUGCCCCUUUGCAGGGAGGUGUACCUUGUCGUGCACAAGCAGAAGGACGCCAGGGCGAGCCUGCACGACUUACUCAGGCUUCCCCUCAGGGAUGAGGGCCUGCCGUCGCUCUUUGCCGGCGGGAAGCCGCUCUCGAGGCUGUAG